CUGAUAAGUCUUCACUUCUUGCAUUCAAACCCCCUCAUCCCUUCAGAUCCUGACAAUAUUUUGAAAAGAAAUUGGACCGCCGGGACCUCUGUUUGCAUAUGGUUAGGAGUUACUUGUGAUUCGCAUUAUAAUAGGGUGACUCAUUUAGAUCUCUCGAGUAUGGGACUCAAUGGGAGUAUUCCACCGGAUAUCGGAAAUCUUUCUUUUCUUGUUUCUCUGGAUUUGAGUUGGAACCGUCUUCAUGGUGGCCUACCAAAGGACAUUUGCAUCCACAACAAACUUCCAAGAGUUAAGGAACUUCAGCUAUCCUUCAACGAUUUGGAAGGAGAGAUACCACUGGGCUUGGGUGAAUGUCAACAACUCGAGAUUCUUGACUUGUUGUACAACAACUUUGGUGGACAUGUGCCUCGAGAAAUCGGUAACAUCACACGCCUUACAAAAUUAGACCUUCAUUGGAACAAUCUAUCAGGUACUAUUCCGAAAGAGAUUGGCCAUCUUAGUAAUCUAGAGUUUAUGGAUUUAGGGUCCAACAAACUGCGGAUCCAUCCCAAAAGAAGUAGGGAACAGAGCUACACCAAGACGCAGGGGAACUUGAUUCAAAGCCAAAGAGAGAAUUGUGUGCUUUUCGUAUUUACCUUUUAGUUGUGUUUUCUAUGUCAUUUUACCUUUUCAAUUGCUAUUUUCGUUGUCGUGUUUCUAUUUCUUUUUACCUUUUUUAAUUGCUACUUCUGUGGUUACAUUUUGUAGUAAUUUUUAAAUAUUCAAACUAUA